UGUGUAUGACUCAUUAUAACAGCACAAAAAUGUCGAUAUAAACUAUGGUAUUUUGGCUUAACAAGGCUAAAAAAAAAAUAAAAAUUGUAGGGUUACCAAAAAAAAUGGGGUUACAAGAAUUUCUUCACAUGAAUGAAGGAGAUGGAGAGAUUAGCUAUUCUCAGAAUUCUUUUGUCCAGAAGGCAGCGAGUUUAAUGGGCCAACCUAUGCUAGAGAGAGCAAUUCAAUCUGUAAUUACAGAAGUAAAAAGCCCAAGUAAGGUUAUUAAAGUAGCUGAUUUGGGCUGUGGAGUUGGCCCAGUACCAUUAGCUGUUGUAAAAUUGGUGAUAGAAAAUGUGCAAAAGAAAUGCGAGGAAUUGAAGUGGAAAGACAAUGAUAUACCUGAAAUUAUUGUGUUUUUAAAUGAUCUUCCUUCAAAUGAUUUUAGCUUUCUGUUUAAAGAAUUGUUGAAUAUGGAUUUACUAAAGAAAAAAGAGGGUGUACCCUUGUGUUAUUUAAUGACUACUCCUGGAUCCUACUACGGUAGACUUUUUCCUAAGAAUGUCUUGCAUUUCGUUCAUGCAAAUUACACCCUUCACUGGUUGUCCCAGGCACCAUCUGAGCUCUAUAGUGAAGAAGGCAUACCAAUAAAUAAGGGGAACGUCUACAUAACCGAGUCAAGUCCUAAGAUUGUUGCAAAAGCUUACAUGUCUCAAUUUCAACAAGACUUUACUAAGUUCCUCAUUUGUCGUUCUGAGGAAGUUUAUUCUAAUGGUCGUAUGCUUUUGACACUCCGAGGUAGGCCAACUUCCUCCGAUGCAGUGACAUGGCAGCCGUGGGAACUCGAAAUAAUGGCUCAAGCCAUCACUAAGCUCGUUUCACAGGGUUUGAUCAAGGAAGAAAAGCUAGACACAUUCGAUUUCCCAUAUUUUGGGCCUAACGAAGAUGACAUUGAAAGCAUAGUGCAUAAAGAAGGGUCAUUUGUUAUUGAGAAUGUGAAUACAAUGGCGCAGCAUGUUGCACAUGAAAUAGAAGACAAUUCGGAAAGAGCAAAAGUCGUAAGCAAAUUCGUGAGAUCCUUUACUGAAUCCUUGAUUUCGCGUCAUUUUGGAGAAGAUGUGUUGGAGCCAUUGUAUGAGAAAUUUACACAAUUUACUUGUGAGCAUCUAGCUAAAGGAAAGCCUAUUGAGCACCACAGCGUUAUCAUAUUGCUUAAGAAAAUUUAGAACAUUAAACUUGUUUCAUGUGUAACAAGCAAUAAAAAGACAAGCCAAGCACAAGCAAAAUUAUGUACUCUUAUGUACAACUUUGUGGAGGAACUCCAUACUCUCAUAUGGAACUUUAGAUUCAAUAAUUAAGGGAUUGUUCGAUGUUAUUGUAUGUCAAUUAAUUUAUGUUUAUCGUUUUACUUUGUAAUAAAUAAAAAUGUUACUUC